AUGGUGUUUGUUGUCAAAGCGGUUUUCCUGUCAGCACUAGUGUAUAGUGCUGCAGCUGGUAUAUUGACUGGUCAACACGAUCAUGAUUCAUAUGUAGAAUCAGCAAUUGGUGCACCAUCUGCAUCUUAUGGUGCACCCUCGAAUUCUUAUGGGCCACCACAUUUAUCAGGAUCAGACUUCAGUGCACACUCAAUAAGCGAUGGCGGUGCUUUGCAUGCACAACAUGUGAAUGGACACAAUGUGGACAGUGCUUCUUUCGGCGGCAGUGGACCUGCUUUAUCAAGUGGACCUUCUUCUUUUAACAGCGCCGAUUUUAUCAACAGUGGCUCAUUUUCAAGUGGUGCAGUCAGUAGCAGUUCCGCUUUAAGCAAUGAUAUUGGAAGCUCCGGCUCAGUUUUAAGCGAUGGAGAUUUAAGUGGACCCGCUUUUACUGGAGCAUCAGGUUUGGAUAAUAGUGGAACUAGUUACAACGACCCUGGAGUGAAUAGCCCUUCUUUUACUGGUUCAGCUAUUGAUGGAGGAUCUAUCGGUACUUUAGGUGGUUCAAGCCCGUCAGGUGGAGACCUUGGCGGCAUUGGAGGUGCACUUACUGUAUCUGGAGCACCAAGAGUUAUUGGAACUUCUGUUUCAGUUGGCCGCCCUAUAGCUCAGGCUUCAAGAUAUGAAUUGCAAUCUGUCGUACAAAAUAUCGUCCGUCGCAUUCCAGUUGAAGUAACACGUCACAUACAAGUUUCUGUACCCCAACCCGUCCCAGUUCCUGUGCGCCAAGAAGUUAAAGUUCCCGUUCCACAACCCUACCCUGUCCACGUAGAUGUUGUCAAACAUGUACCAUAUCCAGUAUACAAAACUGAACAUGUUGAGGUAGAGAGGCCAGUCCCCGUUGAGGUUGUAAAACAUGUACCAUUUGAAGUUAUUAAAAAGGUUCACGUACCAGUUGAGAGACCUGUAGAAGUAAUAAAGAAAAUCCAUGUACCAGUCGAGAAACAUGUUGAGGUCCCGGUAGCAGUUUGGAAACCUUAUCCGAUCCACAUCAUUAAACACGUCACUCAUUACAAAAAGAAAAGCUGUUGUUGGUGAAAUAAGUCAUGAUCGUGCCA